AUGGAAGCUGAUGGUUCAAUACGGAAUUCAACAACGGUAUCUCAUGGACAACCAGUUUCUCCAAGAAGUAGUACAUUGUAUGAACCCUUUUUACAGUCGAAGGACUAUGCACCUUUACAAUAUACACAGUGUACUCCUGAGAGUGGGUUUCCUGUCGCUUAUGGAAAUGCAACAGCGUCCUCAAAGGAGGAGAAAUUGAUUAGUGCUGAGCAAUUAGAAGAUGGAAUAGAAGGAGGAGGAGGAGGAGGAGGAGGAGGAGAAAGGAAAAGAGAAAGUAGCGUAGGAGAUGACUGGAGGGGGAGUUUGUCAGAUUUGUCUAUACAGCAGAUGAGUUGUUCUCCCAACGAAGCGACAUUGAGGAGUUCUUUUGAUGGAGUCGUUGGGGUUGUGGAAGACAAAGAAAGGCGAAGAAGAAACACUCUGGCUAGCGCUCGGUUCCGACAACGAAGAAAAGCCAAAGAGCAAUACCUUGAACAAACCGUACAGGAAUACGAAAAGAAAAUCAAACAAUUGGAACAGAGGAUUUACGAACUAGAACUAGAAACAAAAUGGUUUAAAGAUUUAAUCCGUCCUGUCCGUGUUGGAGAUGUGGGAAAUGCAAGAACAAAACCUAGUAUUUAA